CCUCGCCCUCCACUCCGACCAUGAAUCAGAUGGAGUCGUCUCUCCGCGUCCGCCGCUUCGAAGGGCUCCCCUCCCCCGAUGAAUUCUCCUCCAAGAUCGAACCCGCCAAUGUUGCCGCGGUCUUUCACGGCGCUGUUAAGGAUUGGAAGGCCAUCUCACGGUGGAACCCUUCAGAUGGAGGUCUUGACUACUUGGAGGAAAGUGUUGGGUCUUCUGUCUUAGAGGCUAUGCUGUCAAGAUCAGGGCGAAUUUUCUACGGUGAUAUUAGAAGUCAUGAGAGGGUACCAAUACCAUUCUCUACAUUUAUUACCUCUUGCAAGAAGCAUCUUCAAAAUUUGGAUGUUGGUAGCUCUUUUGAGGCACAAGUCUGUUCAGAAGAUUCAGACUUGGCUAACUCGGAUAUCCCUGGUGAACUAUAUGUAGCUCAGGUUCCCAUCAUGAACACGGAAAGAAAUGAAAGGUGUCCGUUGGAGACUCUGACAGAAGACAUCCAGAUGCCUGCGUUUCUAGGGAUCAAAACUUUGGCAUCGAUUAACUUCUGGAUGAAUAUGGCUCAUUCUAGAUCAAGCACUCACUAUGAUCCACACCAUAAUCUGCUUUGCGUGGUAUCUGGUUGCAAAAGAGUUGUCUUAUCGCCCCCUUCUGCAUGUUCCAUAUUAUACCCGAUGCCAGUGUAUGGAGAGGCCUCAAACCAUAGUGCUGUUAAUAUAGAGAAGCCUGAUUUUUCGGUCCAUCCAAGAGCCAAAAACUAUGAGGAGCAUUCCCAGAAGAUCGUUCUACAUCCUGGAGAUGCUCUUUUUAUUCCUGAAGGAUGGUUUCACCAAGUGGAUAGUGAUGAUUUAACCAUAGCAGUAAAUUUUUGGUGGAAAUCAGACAUGAUGUCUAACAUGUUGGAACACAUGGAUCCAUAUUAUUUGAGGCGGAUAUUGAAUAGAUUGGUGGAGAAGGAAAAGAAUCAUGUGUUACAUGAGAGCUUCAGUGGUGGUUCCAAAUUUAUAGAAAAUUAUCAACUUGCUGAUGAUGCCUCAGAAGACAAUCAUGAAAUGGAUCGCUGUAAGCUGAGAGAUACUACAAAAGAAAGUAGCAGGAGGCAUGGAAUCUUGCAGCAGCUGGAACCCUUUGCACUUCAUGUGCUAUAUGAACUUGUCUCUUUAGUUCAUAAUACUAUUAGUGUUGAUAAUCAAAAUGGAUCUACUGAGUCCACUUCAAAAGAUUCGUCUAGUCCAGAUGUUGAAAAGGAGCAGAUAGUGAAAGAUAAUCCACCAUUGUCAGAAAUUGACACAGUUGCAAACAUCUUUUUGGCUGUUGAACCACUUGUGCUCCGAAAUAUUCUGCUGGGAAUGGUGCAUCACUUUCCAAGGACAUUGGAAGCCCUUAUCUUGCACAUGCUUUCACCAAAGGGAGCAGAAGUUCUGACGAGGAAGUUUGAUGAGAUGGAUCAACAAAUCAUGAAAGAAGAACAGUGCGAGUUUUACCGUCAAUUUUAUGGUGUUUUCGAUGACCAGUUUGCUGCAAUGGAUGCAAUAUUGAACGGGAAAGAAUUAUUUGCUCUUCAGGCAUUCAAGAAUGUGCUGGAUAAGUACCUUGGGGCACAUCCUGACCAGCGAAAUAGUUGAUGGAGCUAAAGCCGUUUGAAUUCAAGAUCAAGCUUUCUGAAAACACUUGGAAAGGUUCCAUCCUUGCCAGUGGAUCAUUCGAGAAUGUCAAGGUUAAAAUCCCGUGCUCAACUAGAGAUGAGUAGUUUAUGAUGUAACUUAUCAA